AUGUCUAAUGAAAGAAUUAUCCUGAAUGUUGGUAGUGUAAAGUAUGAAACGUAUAUUUCUACGCUAACCGCUUAUCCGGACACAGUACUUGGCGUGAUGUUCUCACCGCGCAAUCGAGAAAUGUUAAAAAUCGAAAAUGGAGAGGUAUUCAUAGAUCGAGAUGGGUAUCUCUUCUGGUAUAUCUUACAAUUUUAUAGAACAGGUGUGAUACCUACGAUUCCUACGUCCCACGCAACGGCAUCUUUAAUCGCCUUUUCCCAGGAAGACUUGGCUCGAGAGAUAGACUACUAUCAAUUACCACUGCCAGCACCAACGGAACCAUCGCCAUCAGUGCUCGCAACGACACUUGGAUCAAAGACAGUGGACGAAUUUAUUUCAGCUUUAUGUUCAACAGCUAAAGAUACUCUAGCAAACUUUCGUACCAACCUCGCGUUUACUUACUUUCAGCAUCCGCGAGAAUGUAAAGAUUAUUGGGCCAACGAUGUAGUAUCUCAUCCGUGGACAGCUCGCUUAAAAGAAUUUGAAAUUGUCGGGUUUGAAAUAUUAGAGUCUGUUGGACAAGAGAUUGGUCAAUACUUGCAAAAGCAUUUGCAAGGGUUACGUUGGAAGUUAGAACUGCAUGUGGGAAACACUCCAUCGUCAAAUAAUUCGUAUAGAGUCGUGAUCGAUUUCGAGAGUAAACCCAAGAAAGAAGAUAUAAUCGCGAAUAGUUGUUUUUUAAAGGAGAUGCAUCAACCAUAA